AUGGCAAUGAACAAUGGAUCAUCAGCAUCAUCAAAAGGUCUGAUCGUGAGCUUUGGUGAGAUGUUGAUCGACUUCGUCCCCACAGUCUCCGGUGUAUCACUCGCUGAAGCACCUGGCUUUCUCAAAGCCCCAGGCGGUGCUCCGGCGAACGUGGCUAUAGCCGUGACUCGGCUAGGUGGUAGAGCCGCCUUUGUCGGCAAGCUCGGCGACGACGAGUUCGGUCACAUGCUCGCAGGUAUACUGAAAGAGAAUGGUGUUUCCGGCGAUGGGAUCAACUUCGACAAAGGUGCGAGGACUGCUCUGGCGUUCGUGACUCUACGUGCCGACGGUGAGCGUGAGUUCAUGUUCUACAGGAACCCCAGUGCCGACAUGCUGUUAACGCCGGAGGAAUUAAAUCUUGAGCUUAUUAGAUCUGCAAAAGUCUUCCACUAUGGGUCAAUCAGCUUGAUCGUGGAGCCAUGCCGAUCAGCACAUUUAAAGGCUAUGGAGGCGGCGAAGGAUGCCGGAGCUUUGCUCUCUUACGAUCCCAACCUCCGGCUACCAUUGUGGCCGUCGGCCGAGGAGGCGCGUGAGCAGAUAAUGAGUAUAUGGGACAAGGCAGAUGUGAUCAAGGUUAGCGACGUGGAGCUAGAAUUUCUCACAGGCAGUGAUAAGAUUGAUGAUGAGUCUACAAUGUCAUUGUGGCACCCAAAUUUGAAGCUUCUCUUGGUGACCCUCGGAGAAAAUGGUUGCAAAUAUUACACUAAGAAUUUCCAUGGAGGUGUGGAAGCUUUUCAUGUCAAAACAGUGGAUACAACCGGGGCUGGUGACUCCUUCGUUGGUGCUCUUUUAUGCAAGAUCGUCGAUGACCAAGCCAUACUGGAGGCAAGUAUUAAAACUGUUAUUCUUUACGAUGAAGCAAGGUUGAGGGAAGUUCUGAGAUUUGCAUGUGCAUGUGGAGCCAUCACUACCACCAAGAAGGGAGCAAUCCCUGCUCUUCCCACUGUAUCAGCAGCCCACGGUCUUAUUAAAGGAGAAUAGAAGAAUUAAAAUGCUUCCCUUUGUUUUCCUUACCCUUCUUCUAAAUUUAGUUUUGAUUUCUCCCAUUGGGAUUUUGCUUGCAAUUCAAUUGAAGUAGGUUUCCAAUCGAAAUUCUUUUUUUCUCUUUUAGAUCUCAACUCUCUCUCUCUCUCUGUUAGUUGCUUGUAAUGAUGAGAGACUAUGCUUGAAGGUUUGAACAAAUCAAUAGUCAUCAUGUUUGCCAACUGAUAAUGCUUUAAAAACUGUAGCCAUU